ACAAUGAACAUUUUGACAGAACCAACGUUAAUGGGUAAUAUACUUACAUAGUUGUCGCUCUUAUGAUGUCAGCGAGUAGUACAUGGUAACAAAUGUCACUAAAAAUUCCUGCCUUUUUUACCCGACUGCGCCAGAAGGAGGGUUACGUUUUUAAUAAAAAUUAUUAACUCUCCUUUUGCCUUUUCUAGGAAAUAAGGUUUAUUAGAUCCUAUUGUGCGUUUGUUUUGACUCUUAAGUACCGUUGAUCGGCCUAGUGGACUAAAAAGUAUUCAGUGUUCAGAAAUGCCAAUGAACUCAAACUGGUUUUUGUGUUUAUUUAGUGACCAAAAUGCUUUUGACACAACAGUCAACCAUCUCACUGUUUCUCCAACCAGUUGUGUGAUACCCACAAGUAUAAUAUUAUUAAACAUGGGCUACAAAGAUUUAUGGCUGCUAUAUUUCUUCUGUGUUUUGUGCGUCAUUAAUAUUGUGGAUAGUGCAGAAAUAUUUCAAGAUGCAACAGAUUUUACUGGACGUGGACACAGAGACUUCAGAGGAAAACCGUUUAAUGAAGACCAACAAAUGUAUCAUGGCAAUUCAGGAAUGAGAGGUCCGCCUGAACAAAGAGGGAAUUCAGGGAAAAAAGGGCCUCCUGACCAAAGAGGUCCACCAGCAAAUAGAGGACCCCCAGCGAAUAGAGGGCCACCAGGAAAUAGAGGACCCACAGCAAAUAGAGGGCCCCCUGACCAUAAUAAACCAGAAACUUAUGCUCCGACUAACAGCCAAGAGUACUACCCCAACAAUGGAGUUGUAACCAAUAGUGUUAACAACCAGUUCCAAGGAGGUCAACCAGUAACUACAGGGAAUAAUAUGCAAAAUAAUGAAAAUGUAGUCAAACCAUACAACAACAACAAUGUUGGCUAUCAAGCGAAUAAUUGUAAUAAUAAUCACCGCAUACCAAUCUAUGAGUAUCAGGGAAGACCAAUGUUUCAAGCUGUGCCUGUCACUCCAGAAAGCUAACUAAUCUAAAUUAUUG